CCCAGGAUUCUGUGCGCGCGCUUAGGGGCGGGGCUCUUGGCGGCGACUCACGCGAGGAGGAGAUGGCCGGGCCGACGGGGUCUCCACGCCGCUCGCUUUAUAAACUGGUGGGCUCGCCGCCGUGGAAAGAGGCUUUCAGAAAAGGCUGCCUGGAGAGAAUGAGAAACAGCCGAGACAGGCUUCUGACCAGGUUCCGCCAGGCCGGCGGCGGCGAGCCGGGCCGAGCCCAGAAUGCCCUGCUGGUGCAGGAGGUGAUGGAAGAAGAGUGGAGCGCUCUGCAGGCAGGGGAGCGCUCCCCCGAGGCCUCGGCACAGUUGGGGUUGCCGAUGGACCUGGCUGUACUGGAGGAGAUCCAACAGGAGCUGAUCGAUGAAGAACUGUCCAUCAUCAGCGAGUACGAGAAGAGCUUGCAGUUCGAUGAGAAGUGUCUCAGCGUCAUGCUGGCUGAGUGGGAGGCAAACCCCCUCAUCUGCCCUGUGUGUACAAAGUACAACCUGAGAAUAACGGGCAGUGUGGUCGCGUGCCAUUGUGGCCUGUCCAUCCCAUCUCACGUAAGUGUUCUGCCCCAAGUUCCCACACGGAUCUGCUUCCUGGAGAGCCCCCAGCGAUGGGCUGGAGCCCACUGUGCACAUCUCUUCCCAGCUCAGUGUUCAGGGAUGUCACGGUGGCAGUCCAACACACAUGUGGUGAAUGUGGUGAGAGUACAUAGGGUGUGUACACUGGCAAACGUCACAGAUCUCCACGGGCUCCUCCCCUAGAGAGCCGGCACUGCUUAAGAGAGACCCCAGUUUAGAACUGGAAAUGCCCGUACGUGACCUUUCAUUAAACUUUCCUGUGUGAAGGCACACUUCCAUUCAGAAUGUAAGUUUUGGUGAUCUUUAAAAAUAGGGGAGGUGGUCUCUUUCCUGACAUGGGGACUGCAAAUAGGCAGUGAGUUGAGCAGUUGGUUCCAGUGGAAAAUUAUAAAAAUGAAACAUACCAUGGUAAAUUUGACACCUCUUUAUUUGCCAGUCUUUAAGUGGGGCUGUGCUGGGGAGCUGAGUCAUUGUUUCUACAUAGAAAACUCUUGUUUGUUAGCAAUGGAUAAAGCAACUAGUUGUACAACUGUAGGAUUUUUUCUUUCUUCCCAUCUUUUAUGUAAUUCAAUAGCUUUUAAAAAAAAUUUGAUUGGCAGAAGUAUAUAACAUGUGUGUGUGUAUACAGAGGGAGGGAGAGUGGGUUAGCGAGCACGAGCCAGCCCCAUUUGCUGGUUCACUCCCAGCAGCCCAAGCCAGGAGCUGGGAACAUUCAGGUCUCCCGUGUGCGUAACCGGAGCCCAACUACUUGCCCCACCAUCUGCUGCCUCUUGGAGUGUGAAUUAGCAGGGAGCCGGAGUGGGAGCAGAUCCGAACCAGGCGCUCCAAUAUGGGAUGGGUGCAUCUUAACCAGUGCACCAAAUGUCCACCCAACUUUUUCAAAAGUAACUUCCCUUUUGGAGUGCUUCCUGAACUUGCUGCUUCUUACAAAAAUGAAACUUGAUUUCCACCCCCCUGUAUUACUGGUUGACAUCAGAGUUGCAGUGGCAGGUUCAGUGAGCAGCUCUCUGGGAGCAAAUGCUGCCAGUCUUCGGCAAGGAUACACUGGGCCAGUAGGGGCAGAGGCCGAGGCCGGGACCUGUCCUCCUAGCUCUGAAAGCUCAGGAAUGGGGGUGCCCUGGGCAAUCUGGAGAGGCGGUGAGUGGACACUGGUUCAGAUCCUCCCAGCAGCCAUGAGGCCAAGCAAAUCUCUUAACUGUGGGGGAGGAAGCCAUCCCGGGGAGCCAGUGCUACCCUGGUUAGCAAGAGAAAUCAGGAUUUUCAGCCGGUCAGCUGUCAAGUAACUAAGACGCGGUUGUGGUUGCUUUUUGAUUUUAGUCUCCAGAGCUGACGGAGCAGAUGCUUCGAGCGUCUUUAGAGGACAGCGUGAAUGAGCACAGUACCCACUGUCCCCACACCCCUGAAUUUUCGG